CAUUGAAAACGAACCGCAAAAUCGAAACCAAGAAGUGAACCAAACGCAAUUUCGCUAACUGGGGGUCCGUACGAUGGGGGCCGCAUCUAGCAACCCGAGGACGCUGGUCGUGAAUAACGACUCACCUGCCGGUCUCAUCGACAUAUCGGACGAUGUGGUGCAGCGGCUCAAGAGUGGCCUACCGUCUAAGGCACAAGGUCGCACCGAUUCCCAGCAGUCCGGUGGAGCCAACAGCAACGUGCCCAGCAGCACCGGUUCCGGCCCUAGCUCGUAUCCCAACCCGCCGGUGCCGCCGUCCGUAAUGUACCAGGAUGAGCUACCCUUCACCUCGAUGCAGGUGCGUCAGGAGAAAGAACGCGAGCUGCGAGAGAAUGACGUAUACUGGACCCAGCGGCUGAAGGCACUCGAGGCGAACUUGGCCCAAACCAACCAGGUGAUGGAGAAGGAAUACAGCGAUGCGGUUGCCGACGUGAAGAAACGAUUCGCCACCUCCGCCGUCCAGCAGCAGCUGCCUCCUUGCCAGGACCUAAAGGCAAAGGUAAUUGCGUGCUACCGGAAGCACCCACAGGAAACGCUGCGAUGUGCGGAAGAUGUGCAACAGUUCGCCGAUUGCGUCAAUCUGCAUCGUAUCCAGUUGCUCCAGCAGCGUAUGACAGGCGAGAACCAGAAAAAAUAAUCACCCUCUUGUGACUGGUCGUUGUGCGUGCAGGAGGCAACCCGUAAGCAGAUCGGAGCACAGAUCUUUCUUUUCUCUUAGCUCUGUUCUGGAGAAUAAAGUGAGGUCGCAAUAUCCGCAAUGAAUCGCAAUUAAGAUUUUCCAACGAUGUUUUUAUGCCGCUUCUGUGUUGUCCGGUGGAGGCGAGCCUUGACCUGUAGCACUCUAGUUGUGGUUCCCAAAUGUCUGCCUAGAGAGUAAAAUAUCGAACUUAUUCGUUUGUAAAUAUAAAACCCAGAU